AUGCCUGAUAGCCCGAAGAAAAAGCGGACUAAGUGGAAAGCUGCUGACAAUGAUCUCACAGGCAUUAAGUCAAAGAGAUCGCGAGCUCCCGACACAGACGACUCUCAAAACCCUCGACGUUCGGGAUGUCCAGGCGUGGGGAAGGGAGGCAGGAACACUCAGCUAGAGCGACUAGACACUAUCUUGGAUGCUCCAACGCAGACUAGCCAGCCCAAGGGCUCUCACUCCCUCGAUCCGACUUUCCCAAUAAACCCUGUCGCUCCUGAACCGCCCCGCAAGAGUCGCAGAAAACGUUCAAAGAAAAACCAGCCCCCUCACCCAUAUGACAUCUCGGAGCAACCGGUUCCAAACUCUACGAUUCCAAAUGCCACGACUCCCAAUGCCACGACUCCCAAUGCCACGACUCCCAACACCACGAUUCCCAAUGCCAAGAUUCCCAGACCGCGGCCUAAAAAAAAGACUGUUACUCCUCCCCUGAGUGUGGAGACAGUGAGCAGCCAGCCCAUUUUUUUACAACGCGAAGAUGGCGGACGGUUUGGAUUGUCUCAGCCCAUUGUACCCCCUGGCACAGAACCUGACCUCCAGGUGUUAAACAACUCGUUCGUAGCCGCAGCUAAGGCAACAUGCGUGGCUUCCAACGCCUCCCAAUGUCAGCUUUCUGUCAGUGCUUCUAAUACAGCUGGCGGUCAUCUCGCUACUAGUGGUGGACCUUUACCACAGACAGCAGUCUCAAGAAUGGCCUCAACUACCUCAGCAGAUGCCCACUUUUACCAUAAUUUGGACCCUGCCCUCCGGCCAACUGGAUCCCAACUUAGGGAAUCUGGAAGUUCUGACUCUAGCGAGGGUGACAGUUCCUCUGACGAUGGUAGCGAAGAUGAGCACAUUGGUUGGGGGACAGUUGGUGGGCGUCAUAGCGCGCACCCUGGUUUUUCUGGGGAAGAGCAACCACCCCAACCUCGGGUUGUGUCUGCUCUUCCGCCAGAUUUUGAAUUUCAAUAUUCACGCGAUGAAGAUGACCAAGUGGCCGAGAAAACAUUGGCAGUCAAUGGCAACUCAAGCGAUAGUAAUUCAUCGAUGGACGACAGGAAUUCUCCCGAGCCCGAAGAUGUCUUGAAACUUCACCACAAGAAGAAUGGCCAUCCCCGGUUGCCUGAUCCUGAACUCUUAGACCUUCUCCAAAGCGCUGAGACAAACACUGGCAAGUCCAAGGCGAACGCACAGGCAGUCAAAGGCGCAGCAAAAUCUAAGGAGGUGGAAGGGCCUAAUGCUACCCAACUGGGUUGGUAUGGUCCCCGCUGGAGAAGCUUCCUCGAGGACGCCAAGGGAGGAUGCUGUGCGCAGCAAGCAUUAGAAAACCCCUUCCCAAAGCUCGUCGACGAUCUGCCAGUCUCUAUCACAGAAUCUCUUUCAGUGUCACUAAUACAAUGGCUCAAAAACGGCGGACAAGUUGAAGCUGACGUGUGGCCUGCUCACAAGCCUGGCAUGGCGAGGCUGUUGUAUGAUGAUUUAGCAACGUGGUGUUCUGACCUCAAGAAGAUCGCUAUUGCCAUCACACCUUCUGCGUAUAAUCUUGUCCCCCCAGCCACCAUUCCCGUCCAGGAGCGCACAGCUUGGGUUGAAAACGCCACUACUGAUUUGCUGGAUGAUUCAAUGUUUCUUUGUGACGGAGUGGAUGAAUUUGGGAAAACCAAGAACUUUGCUCACCCUGGACUUCACGAGGGUGCGAUACUUUUCUUGUAUACUGGAUCCUAUCAUAUUGCUCGCAGGCGGCCCGAUAUAUUUCAGAAGGAGAUACCAUUGACCUGCUUAGCUCUCAUCUGCACAAUGUUCAAUUGCGUCUUCGAUGGUCUCGUUAAGAAUGGAAACGGAAAAUCUUUCCCGAAGUUCACUGCUAAGGAGUACGAGCCCAUUUAUAAAGCAAUGCUCAAGCUUCUUCAAGAUGUCAUGGACGACCCCUACCAUGGUCCAAGGCUAGCGCAACAGCUUCGUGCAUGGGCCGAAGCUGGAUGGACGGAGUCCUGUAAGCUCGACGGCAUUGACCCAUCGAAGCGCCGCCACCUGUGCAUCCAGCUUGAUUGA